GGAAAAACUAAAUCAUCUCACCAAGCCUUUUUCCCCACCUUAAGCAUUACGAUGUUUCAUGGAAUCCACCUCAAUUUCCAAAAGCUUUUUCCCCAAGACCCCUUCAAUCAGUCUAAAUGGGGCGGUUCCCAUUGCUUGAUCAAUUAAAACAUCACCUGUGGGUCUCCCUAAUGAAAAAUCUGUUGCAUAAUUCAACGGAAGUUACCUCCGUGAAUAAUCAAAGACGAGGGAAAUUCUGCUCAUAAUUCCAGGAAAGUGACCUCUGUGCAUAAUCGUAGUCUUCAGAAGACUGGAUAUGCACCAAGUCUUCGUCGUCUUGGUUGGUGCACUCAUCCUUUUUCUUCCAUUUAAGGAGCCAUUGGACCCCCUUGUUGUAUAGCAUAAGCCACAAGCCCCAUUAGCACACACAAUGAGUUCGCUCCAUCAUGGAAGUCUCAUACUAAUUUUCUUAGCUUCUUUCAUCUUGAUUCUAAACGAGAAAGUUAGCUCGGUAUCUCCGGCACAAGCCAAAAGCAAGGUCCACAUCGUUUAUUUGGGAAAGAGGCAGCACCAUGAUCCAGAAUUCAUCACCAACGCUCAUCAUGAAAUGCUCACUACAGUUCUUGGAAGCAAAGAAGCAUCUGUAGAUUCCAUGCUCUACAGUUACAGACAUGGCUUCUCUGGAUUUGCAGCCAAGUUGACAGAAGCUCAAGCACAAGCAGUUUCAGAGUUACCUGAUGUGGUUCAAGUCAUGCCCUCCCGCCUUCAUAAGCUGAAGACAACAAGGAGCUGGGAUUACCUUGGCCUCUCCUCUUCACAUUCUUCCACCAAUCUCCUGCAUGAAACCAACAUGGGUGAUGGAAUCAUCAUUGGUCUUCUUGACUCAGGGAUCUGGCCCGAAUCAAAAGUUUUCAGCGAUAAAGGUCUGGGCCCAAUCCCCUCUAGAUGGAAAGGUGGCUGCAGCUCAGGACAGAGCUUCAAUGCUACAAAGCACUGCAACAGAAAACUUAUUGGAGCUCGAUAUUUCUUGAAGGGACUUGAAGCAGAGAUUGGAGAGCCAUUGAAUACCACCGAAUACCUAGAAUACUUGUCCCCGAGAGACGCACUUGGACAUGGUACACAUACAUCUUCUAUUGCUGGUGGUUCUCCUGUGGUCAAUGCCAGCUACUAUGGGCUUGGUUUUGGAACAGUGAGGGGUGGCGCACCUGGGGCUCGGCUGGCCAUGUAUAAAGCGUGCUGGAAUUUGGGCGGGGGAUUCUGCUCAGAUGCUGAUAUACUGAAAGCUUUUGACAAAGCCAUCCACGACGGAGUAGAUGUGUUAUCAGUCUCACUCGGUUCCGACGACAUCCUGUUCACUGAAAUUAUCAAACCUGAUAGCAUCCUCAUUGGUUCAUUCCAUGCUGUGGCACAGGGGAUUUCAGUUGUUUGUGCAGCAGGAAAUGGAGGCCCAAGUGCUCAAACAGUAGAGAAUACAGCACCGUGGAUAUUAACUGUAGCAGCUAGCAGCAUUGAUCGGUCCUUCCCUACACCCAUCACACUAGGCAACAACCGCACCGUCAUGGGUCAAGCCAUGCUCACUGGAAACCAUACAGGCCUCGCCAGCUUAGUGUACCCAGAUGACCCACAUGUCGAGAGUCCUAGCAAUUGUCUAUCUAUAUCACCGAAUGACACUUCAGUGGCUGGAAAGGUGGCGCUCUGCUUCACUUCAGAUACAUUGGAGACACAAUUAGCUGCAUCUUUCGUGAAAGAAGCUCGUGGCCUGGGGGUAAUUAUUGCUGAGAAUUCUGGAAACACCCAGGCAUCAUGCAUCAGUGACUUCCCAUGUAUUAAAGUAAGCUACGAAACUGGAAGCCAGAUACUCCACUACAUCAGUUCGACCAGGCAUCCCCAUGUAAGGCUGAGCCCUUCUAAAACACAUGUUGGGAAACCCGUGCCAACCAAUGUGGCCUACUUCUCAUCUCGAGGGCCAAGUUUCCCCAGUCCAGCAGUAUUGAAGCCAGAUAUAGCAGGUCCAGGUGCCCAAAUACUUGGGGCAGUUCCACCUUCUGAUCUGAAAAAGAACACCGAAUUUGCUUUCUAUUCUGGAACAUCCAUGGCAACUCCUCACAUUGCAGGCAUUGUUGCACUACUCAAAUCCCUGCACCCACAUUGGUCCCCAGCUGUAAUUAAAUCAGCAAUUGUCACAACAGGAUGGACAACUGAUCCGUCUGGAGAACCAAUCUUUGCCGAGGGAGAUCCAACAAAGCUCGCUGAUCCAUUUGAUUUUGGGGGUGGAAUUGUGAACCCGAAUAGAGCAGCGGAUCCUGGUCUAGUGUAUGACAUGGGUACAGCGGAUUAUAUUCAUUAUCUCUGUACCUUGGGCUACAACAACUCUGCCAUUUUUCAGUUCACAGAACAAUCCAUACGCUGCCCCACUCGAGAGCAUUCUAUUCUUGACUUGAAUCUUCCUUCCAUAACCAUCCCAAGCCUCCAAAAUUCAACCUCCCUCACCAGAAAUGUCACAAAUGUUGGAGCUGUCAACUCCACGUACAAAGCCUCUAUCAUAUCCCCAGCAGGCACAACCAUAACAGUAAAACCUGAUACUUUGAUUUUUGACUCUACCAUCAAAACUGUUACCUUCAGUGUCAAAGUUUCCUCAAUUCAACAGGUGAACACAGGAUACUCUUUUGGGAGCUUGACUUGGAUUGAUGGGGUGCAUGCAGUGAGAAGUCCCAUAUCUGUGAGAACUAUGAUCAAAGAAUCUUAUGCUAAUGACAGCUAAAAGUAAUUCGGCUGCUGCGAUUAUGUCCAGCUUUUGGCUGAAAAUUAAAAUAUAGAACUCUAGUAAUGAGCAAACUGCUACUCUAUGAUAAUCAAAAUCAGAUAAGGAAAUAAAAUUGUUUCUUCUUUUGCUCUA